CGCAACCGUCAUGGGACAGCAACCUCAACGGCCAUGUCCAUGCGGCCUUACAUACGGGCUCACAAGCACCUCCGGACGGUGUGGUCUGGGUCUCCUCCACUGCCAUGGGCCUACGGUCUCCGCCCAUCUCUCACGCAGUCAAGGUUCGCGCCUGGCAAAAUACCACCCCCUCGUCCAGCACACGUCCUGAAGCCACGGUUGCAGCACACCGCGGCUCCGGCGAACGUCCACGAGAGCACCACGAAGACUCUACUCAUUGUUUACUACAGUAUGACAGACGGCACUCGGCAGAUGGCUCAAGCUGCCUACGAAGCGGCGCAGAGCGCUGAAGGCGUUCAUACUCGUCUGGUGAAGGCGGAGGACGCCGGCCCCGACGAUGUCCUUAAUGCAUCCGGCUACAUCUUCGCUACGCCUGAGAAUCUUGCGGCCAUUGCGGGCGUAUUCAAGGCCUUUAUCGACCGCUCCUAUUAUCCUGUUCUAGGCAAGGCCAACGGGCGACCUUACGCUGCGAUGAUCUGCGCCGGGAGCGACGGAGAGAACGCCUUGCGGCAGCUAGACCGCGUUGCUAAGGGAUGGCGAUUGAGGAUGAUCACUCCAGGUAUCAUUGUCUGUACCCACGCCCAGACGCCUGAACGCAUUUACGCUACCAAGAAGAUCGAGCCAGAGGAUCUCGCUCGUUGUGCGGAGAUAGGGCAAGCAAUGGCGGAAGGCCUUGCCAUCGGCGUAUUCUGACCAUCAUUCGACAUCAACUAUGCCGCUGUCUGCGCGAGGCCGGUGCCAAGCAUCCUCUAAGCUAGCAUGGCACCGUCAGCUCUGCACAUUCCGGCGUAAUGUGGAGGCGUCACCCGCCACCACUCGGUCCCCGCGACAAAUGGACUCCGGACCACCUCCUUUCCACACUUCACCACCGCCAUCCAUUAGUCUCCGAUGGACUCUUCUGCGUCUGCUCGUCCAUACCACCAUCUUCUCAUGCUGGGUAGCUACAUCUUGCUGAUGCUGUAGGCCUUAAGUGCUAUCUUGCAUAUCAUCCUCGCCG